AUGGCAGCAACUGUCAAUAAACAGUUUUCAAGCAUCAAAUAGCAGCAAAAACGUCUUAAGUAAUAACUCUAAAGAGAUCAAUCUGAUUUGGAAAUGCAGAGUACAAAACAAUAGUCAAACACCCUUAGCAAUAACUUCAACCCCAUAUUCUAAACAUCCCAAUCAUAGGUCAGCGGUAGCUCUCUCAUCAAACUAUAUUAUCAGUAGAAUAAUUAUAAUCAAGCAAUGGCAAAUUAGUAGCAAAUGAAGAGGGGCAAUUCCGCCUCUUAAUAGAAAAGAUACCUUAACUAAAAUAGCAACAGCUCUUAGUCAGCAAACAACAUAAUCUUUAAAACGUCUUUUAAUCAUUAGAAGAAGGAGAGUAACUCUCUUCGUCAGAUUACUAAAGAACAGUUAGCAGCCACUACUUAAACUAUUUAACAGCAGAUGCUUUCAAGUAUCAAUGCAAAUAGUCAACCAAAUCUGCAUAAAAGUGGCAGCAGAGCUUUCUUAAAGUCAACCAUAGAAAAUCUUAAGAAAUCUAAUUAGCUGAUUCAUUACUAAUAAAAAAUGCCAUAAGAAUAUAAAAACGUAAAACUAAGUAAAAAUCUAGAAUAGCAGAUAAAUAAUAAACUCGAUAGAUAAAAUAGUCAAAUGCUCUUAUAGCAGCAUUAGGUGAAAUCCUAAAACAAUUUGCUCUAGUAAUUCAAUAUAAACAAAGACAAAAACUAAGUUCAUAGUAAUGUAGUUGUUGGCAUUAAUAAUGCAAAGCUAAAUAAUUUCGUUUUUGACUAUGAUUAGUAAUCAGCUUAACAGCAAUCGAAUAACAAUAUAGUAAUGUAUAGUCACGAAGGUUUUAACAUAAAAAAUACUAAUACCAAUUCUUAAAGUACUAGCACAAAUAAUAAAAAUUCUAGACAAGGAGGUAGGAAUCAAUUGAUAAAUAUGAGUGGAAAUACCCAGAACUAGAGUUCUGGGGGCUUGACUCGUUGCUUUUCAAGCUCAUCUAAGAAUUUCCAUAAUUAAAAUACUUCCAAUCAGGGUCAUGAAUCCCUGCUUUAACACGUAUAAUAACAGUAAUUUCAGCAACAGUAACAGUAUUAAUAGUAAUAACAGCAAUAACCUUAAUAAUAGUUUUCGCUCACAAGAGUUUAAAGCAAAGCUAAAUUUGAAAUAGAAAGGGCUCCUAAUCAGUAAAUGCUUCAAAUACAAUCAAUGAAAGUGCUUCAUCCUUAGGAUUAGUAUUACUUCUAGAAAGAAGAUUAAGAGUAAAAGAGAACUUUGCCUAGAGAGCAAUCUUCAGGAAGUCUUUCAAGAUAAAAAUCCCAGGCAAAACUCUAAACUUUUCAAUAGAUCUAACACCUAUAAUAGUAAUAGCAACUAAACACUAUUUCGAUGGAACAUGGAGGAUAGUAAUCAAUGCAGAGAGAACCAUCACAGUCAUCAAUAUUACAUUCUUCAUAAAAUCAAAUAGGAAAUAUCAGUAAACAUUAAAAGAACCCUGCUAUAGCCUUAGUUAAUUGCUAUUCGAUGGCUACAAUGAUGUAAUCUGCCAGUGGCCUUAAUCUAAUAAAUAUAAAAACCCAUAUGAAUGCUGGUGCUAAUAAAGAUUGCAUAUCACCAGUGAGGAAGGCACUCGAUUAAUCUGAUAAUCAUUAGAAUGGUGGUGAUCAGCAGCAAAGCAGAAAAUUACAGAGGACUGGACCUGUAAAGAUUCCUCGUAAAGAAAAUGAUAUCAUAGAAUAGUAAUCCUAACCGAUUUAAUCUAUGACCAUUCAUAAAGAAAACAUAAAUUUCUCUAAUAAUGAAUUGGAAACCUCUUUAAGCAAGUAAACCCGCAUGAGUAAAAAGAUUGCCAUUUAGAAAUUAGUUAACUUCGACAAGGUUAGAGAUUUGCUGCGAAAAAGCUCUUAGGAAAGAAGAUAAGAAAAUGCAAAGCAAGUUAAGGAGAAUACAGAUGAAGUGCUAACUCGCACGGCUUCUGUGAUGAACUUCAAAUAAAAGUAGCUGCUAGAUAUAUUCAACGAAACUGAUAGUCGAUUGACUCCAAUUCUUAAAGAAGGAGAUAAAACGAUUGAUGAAACAUAUGAUGAGAUUUAGGGACUACUGUAGAGUAUGGAAAGUAGAUAAUGA